AUGACUAUUCUUAUCGAGCAACCCGCGGACCAUGUGGGAGGAAAGGAAAUUGUAUCUGACACAAAUGAACUUGUGUUGGAUGGAGGAUUUGUCAUGCCCAAAAUGGAGUCAGAAUCGGCAAAUGUCUUGUUGGUUUCAGCGAAGAUUGCUGUAAGGUCGAUGUCUAAGGCUGCUGUGGUAGCAAGAGCAGAGGAUGAGCAGAGGGCCAAGGAGGCUGCAUUCACAAGGAUAAGGGAAAAAGAGGCAAUGGAAUAUGUGGUAUACUUGGUUGUAACGGAGAAGGUGAGGAAGAAGGAAGCAGCUCUGUUCAUAUCACCUAACGUGUCAGGGCCAAUGGUGGGGAGAACGUGGCUCAUUUUGGUGGUGCUAGUGUUGAAAGUGGUGGGAAUGUAG